AUGUGUCAUAUCAACGAUCUCAGACUUAUGACGAAAACCCUGGAAUUCGACUACAGUUCUAGCCGGGCAAUGCCUCUGAAACUCGCCAAAGAUCAAAUGGCAGAAACUUCUCUAGAAGCUCUCGCUGGACUCACCAUUGCCCUGGGAGCUCUUAUUGUCAUCAUCGCAAUCCGUUUCCUGCUCGACUACAUGUACAAUUGGUGGUGCUCCAGACGAGUCGGAGAAGUUACCACGACUCCUUGGAUUCCAGAAGACCACGGAAACUUUUCCUACUUCACCAACUCGAUGAGAAUUUACUGCCGAUGGACUUCGGAUGUGAAUCGAUGCACUGAAAAGUUGAAUUCUCUGGUGGACGCAACCGAAAGAGCGAUUCCAGAGAAUGCAAGAAUCAUAUCGGUGCGAAUAAAUGGAUUUGAGCACGGAGAGCUUUGCCAUGAGUUUGUGCCUACCGUCGGAGUGUCUAGUGGAAGCUACUACACGUGGCAGAUGUUUGGAGACAAUCGGAUUCAAGUUACGAAUUAUGUGGAGAACGGAGUCAGUUAUGUUGCUGGCUACUGUAUCUACAUCGAGAGUGCCAAGUUGAGAUCGGUGAAUUUCCGAGGAGAAGUUGUGGAAAAGCUGAAGAAUUCGAGAAAGUAUCCUGGAAACAAGGGAAAAACCAUGGAGACAGGGUUCAGUGCCGUUCCUCUGGUUUAA